UACUAUAUAACAAAUAAUUUGAGUAGGAUGACUCUGAUAUCUCAGUGUACCCGCUUGUUGGCUCAAACGUCCUCUCGCAAUUUUGCACAAACCUCGAGAGCAUUCCUUCCUAGUUUUUCUGGUUGGAGACAAGGCGGCCAAUCAGGUGGUUCUGGUCCCAAAUUCAACUAUAGUUAUGGAUUUGUUGGGUUGCUGGGAGCUGCUGUGUGCAGUGUUGGAGUUGCUCUGAACGACGGUCAGAUUAGUGCUGAUGAGUUGGAGCUUGCUCACGGGCACAUGCACUGGGAGCACAAGGAGUGGAACAAGUCGUAUGACCACAAAGCAUUACGGCGUGGUUUCCAAGUUUACAAGGAGGUUUGUCAGGCAUGUCACAGUAUGCAAUACUUCUACUGGAGAAUGCACAUUGAUGUGACUCACACGAAGGAGGAAGUUAAAGAGAUGGCAGCUGAGUACAUGUAUCCGGAUGUGGACGAUGAAGGUAACGCAAUUGAACGACAAGGUGACAUCCAGGACUUCAUGCCGGCACCCUACGAUAACGAGAUUAAGGCCCGUCUCGCUAACAAUGGCGCCCAUCCACCUGACCUGACCUUGAUUAAUGUUGCUCGGGAAGGAAACGAGGAUUACUUGUUUAGUCUGUUGACCGGAUACGAAGAUGUGCCUCCUGGUCAGGCUGAGCCAGCAGAGGGACAGGCUUAUAACCCUUACUUCCACGGAUACUAUAUCGGCAUGGCGCAGCAGCUUUACAACGAAUCUGUCGACUAUGAGGAUGGCACUAUCCCGUACCAGUCUCAAAUCGCAAAGGAUAUUAUCCAGUAUCUGGCCUGGACCGCUCAUCCUUGGAUGGACGAAAUGUCUAUGUAUGGAAUGAAGGCCGUGGCAAGUGCAGCAGCACUGGUCAUUAUAUCGUACAUAGCGAUGCGGACGAGGCGGAAUGGUAUCCGAUCCAGACAGAUUCACUUCACCGUCCCAGGACACGAUAAAUCGAUCACGAAAAACGGAGUCGUCAACAACUUUACCAAGUACAAGGAAGUAGAUGAUUCUAUCGCAAAGAUGAAACGUUAAUCCCGUCAACCAGACACUCGGUGAUGAAAAUAAUGCUGCUUCAGUGGGAUUUAAUUGAUGUAUUCUCGUCUCGAAGUUAGAUUUAGGAAGUUGUGAACUUGGAACUUAAUAGACUUAACAGUACACCUCUUUCACGGGAAUAUUAUCUUGUUAAAACAAUUUCGUUACCCUAUUAGAUAUUUAUAAUGUGCUCGCUACCCCACUUCAAGUGUCUACUUUCGGCUUUUUAUUCCAAUUUUAUAUCCGAGAUCUGAGCCGUGACCCAUUUUAAAGUAGCAUUAGAAGAUUCACGGAUAUUUAUUUAACUCACGGGGCCCUCUAUUUAAGUUAUAAUUGGAUUUUCAUCAAAACUUUUUACGUUUCCGAUGGUUGUGUAAGACCGUACAUCAUGUUGAUUUUCGCUUUGUACAUUAUAAUUCAGUGAAAAGAA